AUGAAAGAUGAUAAUAAGAAAGAACAAACUAACGAUAAAUUAAUAGAACCAACAAUUAUAAUAAACAUCGAUGAACCUGUUAAAUCAUCUCCGACAAUGGUGAUGCGUUUCGUAGGAAUAUUUUAUAUAUUAUUAGCAGCAUUGAUUUUUACAGGUUCAAUAUUUAUAACAAAAGAAUUAAAAGUAGAUGUACUUGAUGCAUUAAUUCCUUGCUAUAUAUUACAUAGUGCGAUAUUAAUUAUCUAUAGCAAAUUAAUAAAACAUUAUUCAUUAUAUCAACAGACAAAAAAAGAAGAAAGAUUUUUUCUAUUUAUCAAUGUUUUUUUCUCUACAACGGGUAUUUUUACUUUUUAUUUUGCCUAUCGUUAUUUACCAUUACCAGAUUUAAUAACAAUACGCUACACACAAGUUAUUUGGACAGCAAUUAUAACUGCAAUUCUCUAUCGUGAAAAACCAUCCAUACCAAUGAUAAUAGCUAUUUUAUUAACAACUAGUGGUGUGAUAUUUGUCGCUCAACCGAAUUUUUUAUUUAAUACAAAUUCAAAUAAAAAUAAAAUUAACGCUUCAAAUGACCAUUAUCAACGUCUAAUGGGUUUAAUAAUUGUAUUAUAUUCUUCUAUAGCACUAUCAAUAAUGAUAAUAUCUAAUAAACAUUUAUUAAUGAAAUAUAAAACAAAACAUAGUUUAAUAAUGUUACAAUAUGCAAUUGUAACAUUAUGUGUAUUAAUUGGUAAAGUAUUUUACAAAUAUAAUUUUUUUAUUGAUAGUAUGCAAUCAUUUAAAAAUGAUUUUUUUAAUUGGAAAUAUCUAUGUGCUUCAUCAAUUUGUUUAUUACAUAUACUUGCAAUAAUAUUAACACAAAAAGCAGUUAAACGUGAACAUCCAUCAAUAUUUACAAUAAUUCAAUCUAGUAAUAUAUUAUUCUCUAUUCUAUUACAAAAUAUGUUUUCAUCAAUGAAAUCAAACUAUUUAACAAUUGUUGGUUCAAUGCUUGUUUUAACAAGUAUAGCAAUAAUAACUGGAUUGAAAUUUUUUAAUGAAAAAAAACAAGACAAAAAAUAG